UAUGAACUUUGGACUCCACUGAGACACGUGGCUAGGCUAGCUUGAAAAAUGAAUGAGUGAUGAUGAAUCUUAGUCAAAGUGCUAUUAGAAACUUAAUACAACACAGUGUGACAGUAAACAGCGGUAGAGUUAGGGUUACUCCACUGUCAGGAUGCCAAGGUCACCCUUUGUCGAAUGAAAAGUCUACCAAACUGGACAAAAUUGUUUUGAGAGCAGUGUGUAAGGACGAUAGUAAGGUGUGUCGAUCUUUUACCCUUCGUAAUAUCGAUACUGCUCUAGUUUGUUCAUGUGAUGAUCUGAAGAUAGUAAUAAGAAGCCAACUGUGUCAAGAUAUUACACAGGAAGACUUUGAUGUUGGCUACGUACGUGGAUCUACUGUGAUACGGAGUCGUAGUGAAGAAGACGUGUAUGAAGUUUUGUCUGAUUUAAACAAGCCCAAUUGUAGUUUAACACUAUGGUGUGAUGGUCUUAAAGAAUGCAUUCCAGUUACCACAGCAAGAGGAAAUAAGAGGAAAAAAACAGCAUCUAUAAAUGAAGACAGUGUUAAAAAGAAAAAGAAAAGUGACACCAGUAAAGAAGACGAGGUCCAGGAGACUGUGGAAAAUCUAAAAGAAAAGUAUGGGUCGAAAUUCACAUUGAUGCAGUAUCGCAUUUGGGGAGAAAUGAUUACUGGUGGUUUACACGAGGGGUUGGACGAUCCCCCAAAUACAACAAUGUUUGCUAGGUCUGGAGGAGGAACUCCUUAUCGCAAGAAAAGUCAAAACUCUGUAUCUCAUAUAAUGAGUGAAGCUGAAACAGCCAUAACUUCUGCUCUCUCUCCAAAAGAUACAAGUGCAGUUGGUAGUAGUCCUGCAAAGGUCAUUGAAGGUCGAUCAAAACUGUAUAGACAGCUUUCAGAACUUCAAAAUUUGAAGAGCACAGGAAUUUUGUCUGAAAGUGAAUUUUGCUUCGAGAAAGAGUCGAUCAUGAGUCUCCUUCAUCACCUGAACAAAACUGUUUCUUAAUUUUUUCCAGUUAACAGAAUUUCAAUAAAAAUUGUGCAUGUAUAAUAGUUGUACGUAUUAAUAAUUGUUGUCCUGUAUGAUAAUUAUAAAUAUCCAGAAUGUGUAAUGAACUUUAAGCAGUCCUCCUUGGUGACCAUGCUGAAUGCCGUAGCUAACAGAAACCUUGGAUUAGUAGUGACUUGAAAUAAAGCAUUGUUUUGUUUCAUUAUGCUUUUUACUUCACUAAACACUUCCUCUGCUGGGUUUAGGUCUGGAGAAUAAGGAGGCAAAAACACUAAUCGAGCACCGAAUUGAUUCUCAAUUAAGUCUUCAACUUCUGCUACGUGAUGGACUGAAGCAUUGUCCAUUAUAACAACGGAACAGGGGUUAAGAUAGUUAAAUGGUUGUAAUAUAGGUAGAAGAGUUGUAGUAAGAAAGUUUUCAAACCUCGCACCAUCCAUUGUUCCGGUAAUAAUAUGGAUAUCAUGUAUUCCUUUCAUAGAUAUGAUAGGUAUGCAGGAGUAUCGAGUUCCUCUCACAAGUAUUUGGUGAUCUUUUGGUGGUAUACCUCGUAUGCUAUACCCCCAUUUUCUUGUGCUAUUACGUCUAUCACAUCCAGUUUCAUCUAGCCAAAUUAGCAUAGAAGGGUCAUACAUGGAGAUUUCAGCCAUAAACUUUGCUCUGAGUUCUUCACUGCGUCUGAUAGGGAUAUGUUUGAUCACUUGUCUAGAGCACCCCAUAAACUUCAAUGUUCUGCAAAUGGUUGCUACACUUACAGUCACACCAAACCGUGCCACUAGUUUGGUCUGUAUCUCAUACAGGUAGAUUCCUGUGUUUUCAGUGAUCAAUCUUAGCAGGACAAGUUGCUCAAAUUCGCCUAAGAGCUUAGGAGGUCCAUGUUGAUGAGUUGCUGGAUGAACAUCACCAGUUUGAUUAAACUGUGUAAUAUAUCGUUUAAUAGUUCUUUCACUGACACAAACGAGCUCAGAUACUUCUGCUAUUGAAAGAUUCUUAGCUAAAUACAACCAAAUUACUCUCCAACGAAGAUCAUUUGAGUACGGGUUAGGCAUGUUGACAAUCCUUCAGCACUGUAAGUUCAAAUAUAAUUUAAUUAUGCGC